CCUCUGCUGGCCACCAGCUGCCCUGAAGCCGGAUCGGAACUGGCAGAGCCCAGGGCUGGGGCCCUUCCCUGGCUACGUGAGAAAGCCCCUCCUCCCCGCCCACCUGGUGCAAAGGGCUUCCCUGCCACCUUCCGUCGGGGGCAGAGACAACCACAAUAAGGUCUCUAAAGCGCUGAGGAACGUGGAAGGCGGUGGGCAGACUUUGUUCGGGGCCCCCAGGCGGCCCCAGCCAGCGCAGCAGCAUCCUGCCCUGCACAGGCGUGGAGAGUCCGGCAGCUCACACGGACUCCUCCUCCUGGAUGUCCAGGACGGAGGGCCGGUGCCCAGCCCUGCAGCACCCGUGGCCUGACUCGGAGCCCAUCCUGGGAGAGACCCCACUCCAAGCAGACAGGGCUCGGGCCUAGGUCUGUCUCUGCCUGAAAUCCAUGCCGAAUUCCCUCACUGGUGGCCAGGCCCCCCACCCCACUCUGGACACAGUUGACCUGGUGGACCGGAGUCUGAGAAAUGCAGGGAACACCCAUCCUGCCCCAGUCUUGGAGGAAGGGGACACUGACCCCUGGGCCCUCCCUCACCUGAAGGACACUGGCAAGUCCUGGAAAGAGCUCAGUGUGGCCAGCAGGCUGCGCCGGGUGGUCAUCAGCCUCCUCCAGGCCUGUGGGCUCCUCGGCAGCCUGUACUUCUUCAUCUGCUCCCUGGACACCCUCAGCUCUGCCUUCCAGCUGCUGGGCAGCAAAGUGGCUGGAGACAUCUUCAAGGACAAUGUGGUGCUGUCCAACCCUGUGGCUGGAAUGGUCAUCGGUGUGCUGGUCACAGUCCUGGUCCAGAGCUCCAGCACGUCCUCCUCCAUCGUGGUCAGCAUGGUGGCCUCCCAGUUGCUGACUGUCCAGGCGUCCGUGCCUGUCAUCAUGGGCGUCAACGUGGGCACGUCCAUCACCAGCACCUUGGUCUCAAUGGCCCAGUCAGGGGAACGAAAUGAGUUUCGGAGGGCCUUCAGUGGCUCCGCGGUGCACGGCAUCUUCAACUGGCUCACGGUGCUGAUCUUGCUGCCGCUGGAGAGCGUGGCGGCUGUGCUGGAGCAGCUCAGUGAGCUGGCCCUGGGCACCGCCCGCCUGCAGCCCCGGGUGCAGGCACCCGACAUCCUCAAGGUGCUGACCCAGCCACUCACACACCUCAUCGUGCAGCUGGACACCGGCGUGAUCGUGGGCAGUGCCACGGGCAAGGCCACCAACAGCAGCCUCAUUAAGCGAUGGUGCAGCGCCGGAGGGCAGGCGACCCAGGGGAACAGCAGCGGAUGUGGAGCCUUCGGCCCCUGCGCUGAGAGGAACAACUCGGCUGCCGCGGACACGCUGCGCUGCCGCCACCUGUUUGCGGGCAUGGCGCUCACGGACGCGGCCGUGGGCUGCAUCCUGCUGGCCGGCUCCCUGCUGGUGCUCUGCACCUGCCUGGUCCUCGUCGUCAAGCUGCUCAACUCCGUGCUGCGGGGCCGCGUCGCCCAGGCGGUGAGGACGGUCGUCAACGCCGACUUCCCCUUCCCCUUCGGCUGGCUCAGUGGCUACCUGGCCAUCCUUGUGGGCGCUGGCCUGACCUUCGUGCUCCAGAGCAGCAGCGUCUUUACAGCAGCCAUCGUGCCCCUCAUGGGGGUCGGCGUGAUCAGCCUGGACCGGGCGUACCCCCUCUUCCUGGGCUCCAACAUUGGCACCACCACCACGGCCCUGCUGGCAGCCCUGGCUAGCCCAGCAGAUAUGAUGCUCAGCGCCGUCCAGGUUGCCCUCAUCCACUUCUUCUUCAACCUAGCCGGUAUACUGCUGUGGUACCUGGUGCCCGCCAUGCGGCUGCCCAUCCCACUGGCCAAGCACUUUGGGGACCUGACUGCCCGCUACCGCUGGGUAGCCAUUGCCUACCUGCUGCUCAGCUUCCUGCUGCUGCCCCUAGCGGCCUUUGGGCUCUCCCUGGCAGGGGGCACAGUGCUGGCCUUAGUUGGGGGUUCCCUGGUGGGGCUAGUGCUCCUUGUCGUCCUUAUCAACGUCCUGCAGCGGCACCGGCAGGCCUGGCUGCCCCACCGCCUGCGGUCCUGGGCCUGGCUGCCCCUCUGGCUCCACUCUCUGGAGCCCUGGGACCGCUUGGUGAUGCGCUGCUGCCCCUGUGGGGCCUGCAGCCCCGCAGAGGCCACUGACAAAGAUGCCCGUUGCUAUGAGAACCCCGAGGUCCUGGCUUCCCAGCAGCUGUGAGAGGUGGGCUCCACAGCGGACCACGCUAUCCCUCACCGGCCAGCCUGCCCAGGUGCCCCUGGGGGGCGGUUCCUAGUAGCAGCAGACGUUUGCGUCACCUGCGUCCCCUUCUGUGCAAAUAAAUCCGGCUGU